UUGUUCUUACGACUCUCAGUUGAUCUUCAUGGCGCCAACAAAUCAGGUAUUGGUUAAAGAGAGCUCACAUGUGAGAACCAUCAUAUUAAACAGACCUAAGCAACUUAAUGCUCUUUCUUUUGAAAUGAUAUCCCGGCUCUUGGAACUCUUUCAUGUCUAUGAGGAGGAUCCCAAUGUGAAGCUGAUAAUCAUGAAGGGUGAAGGAAGGGCUUUUUGUGCUGGUGGAGAUGUUGCAGCUGUUGUUCAGGAUAUUAAUUUAGGUAACUGGAAACUUGGUGCAAAUUUUUUCUCAAAAGAAUUUACAUUGAAUUAUUUGAUGGCAACAUACACUAAACCACAGGUAUCACUCCUUAGAGGAAUUGUAAUGGGAGGUGGUGCAGGAGCUUCAAUGCAUGGUAGAUUUCGAGUUGCUACAGAUAAUUCGGUUUUUGCAAUGCCAGAGACUGCAAUAGGGUUAUUCCCAGAUGUGGGUGCCUCUUUUUAUUUAUCAAGACUACCUGGAUUCUUUGGGGAAUAUGUAGGUCUUACUGGUGCUAGACUGGAUGGUGCAGAAAUGUUUGCAUGUGGUCUUGCAACCCACUUUGUUUCUUUAGAGAAAUUAUCCUUAUUAGAAGAUGCAUUAUGCAAAGAAAAUACAGGUGAUCCAAAAAUCAUCUGCAAUAUUAUCAAUGAGUUCUCCUACACUCCUAAGUUGAAAGAUAAGAGUCAAUAUUUUCGGUUCAAAACUAUUAACAAAUGUUUCUCACGAAGAACAGUUGAAGAGAUUAUAUCUGCACUUGAGAAAGAGGUUGAUAAAAAGAUAGAUGAUUGGAUCUCUUGGACUCUUGAGUCUUUAAAGAAAGCAUCACCAACAAGUCUCAAAAUUUCUCUUCGAUCCAUUAGAGAAGGGAGACUUGAGGGUGUUGGUGAAUGUCUUAUCCGUGAAUACAGGAUGGUUUGUGCAGUCAUGCGAGGACAAGUCAGCAAGGAUUUCCUUGAGGGAUGUAGAGCAUUACUAGUUGACAAGGAUAAAAAUCCAAAGUGGGAGCCUUCAAAACUCGAGUUUGUGAGUGAUCGAAUGGUUGACCAUUACUUUGAAGGAUUGAAGGUUGAAGAUUGGGAAGAUUUGAAACUCCCAAUUAGGUCAAACUUACCUUCACAUGCAAUUUCUAAGCUCUGAGAGUUGUCAUUAAGAGGUAAAUUAGGGUCCUCCUUUAUGGUGUGUUAGUAGCCUCAAAUUCGUUAAUACCAUCGUGUAAUAACAAUGUAAACUUAUGGUUAUCAAAAUGUAAUAAAAAUCGGCAUAACAUUAUAUGUAGUAACCAUGGAAAAAAAAA